AUGGCCCCCAGUCACCGCUACGAUCUCGUCAAAGACCAUGACGAGGACACCAAAGACGAAAAGGACCUGCCUCAGCACCCAAUACCACCUUCAUCCCUGUCAUGGUGGAAAAUUCUGCUCGGCGUCCUCGCCCUUUUAGCUAGUGCUGGUGUGGGCGCGACGCUCGCCAUCGUGCUUGGUCCAAAGGCGUCCAGCAGCAAUGCCAGUGCCAGCGCCAGCGACAGUGCAGCGCCCGCCAUUAUUAGUACAUCCAGUGCCUCGAGCGGCACCAUCACCACCUCAUCAUCCGCAGACCUUCCACUUCCAACUCGACCCGUCGAUUCCGUGGUGGAAGAAAAGGUCCAAGAUGCUGACCCUCUGGCCGGUCAGAUCCUCGAGUGCGGCUACAGCCCCGAGGAAGCGCGCGCCAACGGCUGCGUGUACGACGUGAUGAUGCAAGACUGGGUCCCCGAACCGUGCUACGACGCCGUCCUCACGGAGAGAUACCUCGCCCAGGGCAACUGGACGUGGUACGCCGACGCCGAGGGCACAAGGAUUUUAUCGGAUGAAGAAAUGCGCAAAGGUGAACACGGCGCCGCCUGGAUGUCGUCCAGCUACCACCAGGCGCACUGCAUCUUCUCGUGGGACAAGACCGUCCGCGCCCUGCGCAAUAAUCGACCCAUCAGCCAGGAACUCUUGUCCUACGACCACGUCCUGCACUGCAGCAUGCAGACGCUGAAUGGGGUCGAGGUCGACGACAGUAUCGGUGUGAGGGCACCCACGAAUUACGCAAAGUGUGCGUUGUACGAUACCUGGAAGUACAAUUGGAUCCCGGACAGACAUUCGUCCACGACGGAUUAA